UGGCCUGUAGCUAUAAUUUCAUCAACAACAGCAGAAAUUAGUUGUGCCUAUGAGCUAUUCGUCGGCUCAGAGUAACAUCGUUAAUUUCAGUAUUCUUCAAUAGAUUUCAGACGCACGGUACACGAGACCAGCAGAAGGCUCCUAAGCUUAUCCUGAUUUCAAAACGUAAUCGUCACUAGACUGGAUUGAAACACAAAGUGCCGUAUGGGAAAAAAAUGUGAAAGUCUGUGCGUCAGAAGCCUUUUUCGAUGAUUUUAAAUACUGGUUGUACAGCUGUUUGGUUGCGGAUAUUCCCACGACAGUGAAGAGCGUGAGGUCGCUUGAAAUGGACCAAAAACAGUGCACCGAAACCUCUUCUAUCCCCCUGACAAGGGUGUACGCAAGAAGAUGGCUGAUGCUUACCAUUUUCAUUUUCUACGCAAUCGCAGGCAUCGGACAAUGGCUGCAGUACAGUAUCAUAAGCAACAUCAUUGAAAGAUACUACGACGUAUCGCUCGAGGCCGUGAACUGGACUUCCCUGGUAUUUCUGGUGAUUUACAUUCCUAUGGUAUUUCCCGCAUCGUAUCUCAUAGAUCGAUUGGGCUUGCACUGGACCGCGAUCGUCGGAUGUGCUAUUAUCACUCUCGGCAGCUGGAUCAAAGUAUUUUCAGCCUCACCUGACAGAUUCUACGUCACCUUCAUAGGCCAAGCCGUGAUAUCUAGUGCCCAGGUGUUCGUGAUAAGCGUCCCUGGCCGUCUUGCCGCUAACUGGUUUGGACCCCGUGAGAUUUCAACAGCCACGGCAAUUGGGCUUUUUGGCUGUCAACUAGCAUUAGCAACUAAUUUCCUCCUGCCACCAAACAUCGUCAGGAAUCAUGAGAAGCUAGAAAAUAUUGGAAAUGAUCUGUUUGUACUCUACUUGACUACCGCUAUCUUCGCAUCGUUGGUCACCGCUGCUGUACUUGUCUUUUUUCGGUCAGAUCCUCCGCUACCACCGAGCGAAACCCGGAGGCUGCAAAAACUGCACAAGACAGAAAGUACAGAAGGAUUCUUAACACUGACAAGAAGGCUGCUGACAAAUCGGAGCUAUAUCGCUCUCUGGCAUGCCUUCGGUGUUACUAUAGGCGUUUUCAACGCUCUUAGUACACUGUUGAACGAAAUGUACCUCCGGCGAUUCAAGAACGGGGAAGUCGAAGUUGGACAAAUCGGGGUGAUUAUGACAGUUUUAGGUAUGGUUGGCUCCAUCGUCGCGGGUGUCGUACUUGACAAGACACACAAGUUCAAACUGAUGAUAAGUUUAGUCUGUGCACUAUCGUGGAUCGGACUUAUGCUCGUAGGAAUCGGCUUGCUGGUCGAGUACAAAUGGAUCAUUUACCUUGGAGCAAUCGUGUUCGGGUUUUUCAAUGGUGGCUACAGCACACUUGGGUUUGAAGUUUGUGCGGAAUUCACGUACCCGGAUCCAGAAGGCGUGACUACUGCUUAUUUGACUGUCGCCCACCAAUCGUACGGUGCAGCGAUGAUACUUAUUUUCGGAAAGGUGAUGGAGACUUGUAGCGAUCUAUGGGUCCACAUAGGGUUUGGAGUCAUCGGCUUCACGGGCUUAGUAGCUCACAUAUUUACAAAAGACUUGCAAAGGCGACAAAAUGCGAAAGAAAUCGCUUGUCUCAACAAAGUACAGUUGAAAGAAGACCCGAAUCCACAAGGCGUGGAUAGAACUCCUCGGAGUUAGAAAUCUUAUUUUCCGUAACAGCUCGACCAUCGAAUUAUGCAAGAUUUUCAGAUCACAGAUAAGAUAAUUUGUCGCCAAGCAGAAUACGUUAAAUCCAUUCGAGAAACUUAUUCUGGUUUAUUCCAAAAGCAUUUGACAUCACGUGAUAGAACCGGCUAGUAUAAUUGGUUCGAGUGAAAUUCGCGUGUGAACAAAAAAUGUCCGCAGAAUUUUAUUCAAAAAACAGUCAAAACCUAUAAAUUGUAUCAAAAUCUGCUUCUGAUAUAAUUGACACAACGCUGUGUGUCGUAAUAAUCGAUCAACAACGGAACAAAAAGAAAAGCUGUAUUUUUCGGAAAAGAGCUGUGAAUAAUUGAAAAAAUACGAUUGAACAAAAAUGUUUCACGUCUUAUUUCAAUUUUAGUUUUAGAAAUUACAAAUAUUUUCACCACAUGCAUCCGACCUAGUGAGACUAAUCUACGUUCUUAUAUUAUAAGUAAAUCGAUACAUAGAUCAGUUUGAUUCUUUCGAUAGACAUAUAUUUCUAAAUCAUACACAUGUUAAAAAAGAAUAGAUCAUACAUUAGCAGCACGAAGUUUCAACCACACUUGUUAAUGUUGUAAAAUGGAAAUGUUUUUUUCUUGAGAUCAAAGUCUUUCGACAAUA